AUGCUAACAAAUAUAGAAAGAGCGUUUUAUACACACACCUGCUUUUAUUUUCACAGAUUUCACACGACAGAUACCAGUGGCACAUUCCAGGCUAUCGACAAUUCAAAAAUAUGGAUAUAUUCCACUUUCUUUGAGGUGACAGAAACCAGUGACUAUUACAUAAAAGGCUUGGGAAUCGCACACCGUGAACGUGUAUACCCACGAGUCUAUUGUCAAGUGAACGGAUCGCUAUUUGAAGGCAGAAUUGAGUCAUUUUUAGACAGUCAUCCAAAGCACACAUCCUAUACUUCCAUCUACUUCCGGUGUCGCCUCUGUCAAGGUUGUCGUCCAGACUUCGUGUCAUUGACUCUGUACAGCAACAACACGAAGGAAUCAACGAAUGCAUUUACCGUGCUUUAUCCCCAGCCUAGAAAAUACAAUAUAACACCAUACCGAAUUAUCCAGUCCAUUGAACUAAACACAGUUCUCGGAGCCCAACACGUUUUUAUUUAUAACAACAACGUGUCCAAAGAAACGGAUAUUGUACUAAAAGAAUAUGAAAAAGAUGGAGUGUUAACUGUGCUUCCAUGGCCAUUGCCAAGGGAAUCCAAUGCCUGGUACUACGCCCAGCACACGGCAAUCAAUGACUGUGUCUAUCGUAAUAGAAAUAGUUCUGCUUAUGUGGCAAUUAUUGAUGUAGAUGAAUUUAUUAUGCCUGUAAACACAACGUCUUGGCCUGACAUGAUUGAACACAUCAACAAUGAAUAUUAUGGGGAUACAGGAAAUAAUAAACCUGUCAUGGGAUCAAUGGCAUUCGAAUCGUGUUUAUUUCAGACGAAAUUACCUAAUAAUACAUGGAAAGAGAUUAUGCAAAAUUACUCAUUUACCGAGGAAGAAGAAAAAAUCAUUAAUAAAUAUUCCUUGUCGUCUCUGUUAAGUUUUGAACGCACCGAUCCACCAUUUUC